UCUUUUUGUAGGACUAACGUUACAGAUGCACAUGAAUACACUGAGGACAGUUUUUCCAACUUUGUUUGGAAAUAAACUGCAGUUGGCUUUUCGUAGAAGUGCGAGUCAGACACCUAUAGAGAAAACCCACUGGGAUGCGAUCAUAAUAGGAGGAGGCCAUAAUGGAUUAGUUUCUGCUGCAUAUUUGGCUAAAAAGGGAGCCAAGGUGUUGGUAUUGGAAAGGAGAAAGGUUUUGGGAGGUGCAGCUGUAACGGAAGAGCUUAUUCCAGGAUUUCAGUUUAGUCGUGCGAGCUAUGUACAAAGUUUGUUGCGCCCACAAAUUGUCAAGGAACUGAAACUUUCGAAACACGGCUAUUCCGUCCUCGCAAGAAACCCUUCGAGUUUUACACCGCUCUCGGACGGAAAAAAAUAUCUAUUUCUCAGCCCUGAUGUGGAAUUUUGUAAAGAACAAAUAAGCAAAUUCUCCAUUGAAGAUGCCAUGAGAUAUCCGCAGUACUUGCACUGGCUCUCGAAACUAUGUCGACUGGUAGAACCUUUUUUUGAUGAGGCUCCUUAUGAUGCAUUGUAUAACGAUAUAUCCAGUCUGUCUCUUGCCGAAAGAUGGUCUUCAUCUCGUGCUGGUUUUCAUUUAUUGCGAGAAUCGCUUUCUAGUCGAAAGGAGAUGACGGAGUUUUUCGAGCUUCUGUUUUCCAACUCUUCAAAAAUGCUCAAACGUUGGUUCCAUUCUGAACCCUUGUUGUCCACUCUAGCCACGGAUUCUGUUAUAGGUACCAUGGCUGGUCCUGACACUCCAGGUACAGGCUAUGUUUUAUUGCAUCAUGUGCUUGGAGGCGAUUGGUCCUAUGUGAAAGGAGGAAUGGGUUCCCUUUCUGAGUCUCUUGCCUCUGUUGCAAUUGAAGCUGGAGCUGUUAUUCAAACAGAUACACCCGUAAAGUCUAUAUUAGUGGAUGAAAUACAACGAAAAGUGAAAGGAGUAGAGACCUUAGAUGGACAAAGUAUACUUGGUCGAUGUGUCCUUUCUAAUGCAGAUCCCAAGCGUACCUUCUUAACUUUAUGUCCAAAGGGCAGCUUACCUGAUAAUUUUGUCUCUAAAAUACAAAAUUUGGAUUUCCGUUCUCCCGUUUUCAAAAUCAACGUUGCAUUGAAGAAAUUACCUCAUUUUCGUUGUUUUCCAAAACGUCAAACAUUUGAAGGGGAACCCACAACUCUUGCUGCAGGACCUGAACACAAGGGAACAAUUCACCUCGGCAGCGAUAACUUGGAUAUGAUUGAAAAGGCUUACAAAGAUUGUUCUGCACACCAUCGACCAAGUGCUGUUCCCAUUGUCGAAAUGACUAUACCUAGUGCGAUAGAUCCCACAUUGGCUCCUCGAGGCCAGGCAGUGGCAGGAUUGUUCGUGCAAUAUGUUCCAUACAAUGCGCCAUGGGAAGAUGUAAACUUUAAAAAAGCUUUCGUUGAUCGAGUUUUUUCGAUGGUUGAGGAUUAUGCACCUGGGUUUAUCGAGAGCAUUAUUGGCUAUGAUGCUUUGUCUCCCAAAGAUUUGGAGCGUGUAUUUGGGCUAACCGAAGGAAAUAUCUUUCAUGGCUCCAUGUCUUUAGAUCAGUUAUAUUCUUUGAGGCCAGCAGCUGGAUAUUCUCGUUAUCGAACACCUAUUUCUGGUUUGUAUCUAUGUGGAAGUGGAGCUCAUCCAGGUGGAGGUGUUUCAGGUGCUCCUGGAAGAAAUUGCUCCAAAGUGGUAUUGAGAGACUUGAAAAGAAAUGCAGAAGGUGCUUCUUUGCAAAUGGCGCUCUCAUUUUGGAGGCGAUAGAAAUAAAUUUUCAUUAUGACAC